AUGUCCUUUGCAGAUAAUUUCUGGACCCAGGACUAUCAGCAAGGGUUCCAGACGCUUUUCAGCCAGCUUCACGAGGGUGUUUGUGAAAAUAAUGACUUUAUUCAGCUUAUAAGGAAACGGAUGGAGCUGGAGUUGCUUUAUGGCCACUCGCUUCAGGCUAUUGCCAAGGAGUCGAAACCAACAAGUAAACGCCAUUUCAACGAUGAUUACGUGUCGACCAUCAAGAACGCCUAUACUGAGUUGAGUGAGAAUUUCACAAGACAGGGCCAGGUCCAUUUGAACAUUGCUGGAAACAUCCAGCUCAUGGUUUUGACGCCUUUUGAGAAAUGGUGUGGAGAACACGAACAACGAGUGGACUACUCCACGGUCACCGUCCACGACGAGUACAAGAAAUUGAGGUCCGCGCAGCAACAAGUGGACAAGUUGCAGAAAAAAUACUUUAACAAGUGUAGGAUCUUGGAGGAGUUUAAAACUCGCUAUUCCGAACAAGAGUUGCAAGAGGAAUUGAGCGACCUUGUCUUUCAGAGGAAACUCUCGCGACAGAAUGAGUCUGACGAUGAAGCUAAAGCAAAAGAGAGGGAAAAAUUCGAGUUCAACCAUGCUGUUCUCACGUUUGGCCAAACAGAACUGCUAUUGAAGGCAAUGUUGACUGGCAUUGCCCAAAGCUCGCACAAGGUUGCCAUACUUGGCACUUAUCAGAAUGUGUCCUCGGGCAGCGCGAUAACACAAUGGGCAUUGGACCAUGUUCCUGAACUCAAUAAAAACUUGGAGAAUGCCGAGAAAUUUGGCCAGGACCUCAUCAAGAAUGAGUUUAUCCGAGUGGUGGGCUCGAUGGGGAAAUCUUUUAUCAAUUCGUCUCAGUUUUACUAUCAGUGGAAGCCAAAAGCUUUUGAAAUCGCCCAAAUUCAGCCAACUCUGAGCGAAGAAACAACUGAAAAGGGGUUUUCCACCAGCUUUGGCCAAUUCAAUUUUGAUGACAUGAAAGAGGCUAUAGGUGUCACCAGUGUUGAUUACAAUGACAAGUCGCAAUACCCAAAACUCAUCCACGAGGUUGAGCUGUUGGACGGACAAUACUUUGACAAAGUGGCGUCGUUGGAUGGAGUAAGAUGCAAAUUCGAGGAAUUGGUAUUUGACCACUUGACUUUUAUGCAAAAAUGCGAAUUGGACAGAUUGAGGGCCAUCAAAAAGGUUACUUUUGACUUUAUUGCAGCGUUUAGCAACACGAUGGAAAAAAACUUGCGAUUUGUUGCGCAGGAGUUGAAACUUUUGGAGGAAACCAUUAACCCCAAGAAUGACUUGAAAUUUCUUAUUGAAAACUAUGCCACUGGCAAUUUCAGACCCCAAGUCACAUUAUAUGACAAUUACUACCACUCAAACAUGAGACAGACUUUUGGUGUCGACUUGACGGUGAAGUCGAGGUUGGACAAAAAAGUUGUGCCGCUUUUAAUCCAGUGCAUCCUUAGCCACUUGGACCACAUUUACCCGGACUUGAAAGAUGACGAAGAGAGGAUCAACAUUUGGACUCAACCGAUACAUCUCUCCAACGUGCAUAAGCUCAGACUUGAAUUGAACGGGCUCGAUGAUCCACGCAAGAUCAACGACUAUCUAUCGAGAGCUGACCCCAUAGCGAUCACCAACGUGUUGAAGCUAUAUCUCAUGGAAUUACCAGACUCGGUGAUACCCUCCAGCUUCUAUGACAUUAUUAGGCUACUCUACAACAACUACCAAGAGGACUCACAAAAGGAAUCGCGAAUCAAUGGUCUUCAGAAUGUCCUUGCUGAGACGCCGAAACCCAACUUGGCGACACUCGACGCUUUACUCACGCAUUUGAAACGGCUCGUGCAGAUUAUAGGCUCAAAGGAUAAACUUGCCGCAAAGAAUCUUCAAAAUGCCUUGUGUGUUGAGUUUGGGAAACUUGUAUUGCGUCCACGUCCAUCGACUGACUUGUUCCCCGAUACAAACCAACGCCAAUAUUUGCAUGAUAAGCAUCAAGUGAGCAUAAUGCAGGACUUGUUCAGACACAAAGAUGCCAUUUUCAAUGAGUUGAAGCGAAACACCACCAGAGUCAAGACCAAUGGCAAACACUCCAGCAGCAGUGCAUCCUCGAGCAGAAACGUGAGUCGCGAAGGAUCAUCCAAGAUUCGUAAACCAUCAAACGACACUGUUGAUCCGCCGCCUUUGGUAAUGUCGAUGGACAAGCCAAGGUCCAGUGAGAAGAGUGCUCCCGCGUCUACACUGGGAGAAACACUCGCUGCUAAAUCAAAGAGUCGCUUGGAGUCUCGGUUGAAGAAAGCGGUCACCAUCAAGAACAGGGAACAACGCUCAGCUCUUCCUGACCCUCUGUCCUCGGCACCAGUUGAGGAAAAAGAGGAGGAACAAGAAGAAGAAACAGGAGCAGAAGAAAAAGAACAAGAGAAAGAAAAAGAAGAAGGGGCGGAGGUGAGGGUGCCAUCGACUCCAUCGACUCCGCCAAAGGCUCCACCUCCUCCUCCACCCCCCAAGACGCCAUCUCCUUUGAAAAGAUCCGUCUCCCCACAUAAAAAGAGUUUGAAUAGUAUGUUGAUUGGCGAUAUCGUUCAGCAAAGUUGA